AUGCCUCACCCUACCCAGAAGCGAACCAUCUCCCAGAUUGAUCAAGAGCAGAGGAGGCUGGAGGCAGAGCGUGAAGAGCUCCUAGCAGAAGAUAACGCAUCACGAAAAAAACGCGUCCAGGGCCAGAUUCCAAUGCCGCAUGGCCGACCUGAUCGUUCAAAUGGAGGGUAUUCCCUUGCUAAGGAAAUGCAGAUAGACAAGCAUAUGAUGACUCUAUUGCAUCUUCAGGAAUCCGUUCGUACCGCAGUCCGUACCCACCUCGGAAAAGCUUUCCUAGAUGGGGAAACAAGGUAUAACAAAAUUGGCUUUCAGUGCCUGGGCGCAAUAGCAAUCGAUGUGACGAAAGAAUUUCCAUGGCUUGAAUGUGACUAUGAAGAUGUGUGGCCCCUUGAUCCACUAAUCAGGACAACGAUUGAGAAUAGGAAGACUGUUCUCAGGAGACGGAAAAGGGGGGUAAAUAUGGUAUGUAACAUGUAUACUUUUUCCACCAAUCUAUUCCCAAAAAUCUCCUCGGAAGGUGAAUCUGUAAAGGAUGCACUUAAUCAUGGUGCUGCAGCGAAUACCAACGGGACCCAGUCACACGGACCUGCUCAGCACAACAUGCCCAGUACCAGUGAAGGGAGUCAUGAUGAUGAUGGAUGCAGUAGGGCGCUGGGACGUGUGCAAAGGAAGAGAGUUGUGCCACGACGGCACAUCAUCAAUGACACUGAUGAAGAUAGUGAUGAAAUUAAUGACAAAGAUAUGGAAGAUAGCGGCAAGGGUUCUGACUGUGGUGAAGAUGAGAAUGAACGAAGUGACGGUGAAGAUCACCAAGCUACACCCAAGAGCACCAAUCAGAGGUCGGAUGUGAAAGGAAAACAAGAUCUUCAAGUUGGAUACCAUCAAACUAUCGUUUCAACCUCAAAACCUGUUGCCGCUAGUAGGCCAUCGGCAAGAAACCACAAGAUUGUCACCCAUUACUAG